AUGGUCCGCAUCGCUGUCGCCGCUGCCCUGGUUUUUGCUGUUUCUGCCCUCGCCAUCGGCGACCCCACGGGGGCGAAAAACGUCGGCAACGGAAAGGGCGGCCAAUUUAUUACGGGCGCGUGUACUAUUGCGGCGAACAAGCAGAAGGCGCGACAGCAGGGCUUCAAACGUCUUGCCAGGCUCGCUGUUGAGCCGCGAGAUGAGGAGUAA